AUGUCUUUUCCUUCACAUCGCAACACCAACCCCAAUACUCGCCAAAGAGGCUCCAAUCCGGUAUUCAGACCGCCAGUAUCCUACGCUCGUCCAACUCCACAGCAAUAUGGACAUACCACGGCUGCUCAAAGUUUCCAUCAGAUGCACUACCCAACAUACACUCAGUUCUUGGCUCCAGCACAAGCGCCAAUGCAUGAUUACUAUCAACAGAUGUAUGAUCAGCCAGUUUGGAAUGGGUACACGGCAUGUCAAUACACUUACUAUGAACAAAGACAAUGGGCAUAUGGCUCCUAUGGACCGUAUUUUCAACAUGAACAUGCUUUGAUUAACAGUGGCCAAGUUCAGUCAUUUCCAGCUACAGCCCUCCAAGGAUACGGACAAUUAAAUGGAUACCAGGGACUGCCUCAGAAUGUUCAAGCUCUGACUGGCCACUCUCCAAUGCUUCCGGUAUCAGUAUUUCAAUACCAAACGGACUGGCCGUGCGCCAUUCAAGCUGCACCACAACAAAUUCAAGCUCAGUACAACUACGCUCUAUAUCUGUCAGGUGGUAGAAAAAUUGAAGGCAAUGAAUACCAGUUACUGAAUAUUGGAACAGCUGAACCACAACAGCAUGUGCAACAAUUCGUCGAAGCUCCCUCAAUGCAAGCUCCUUUCAGGUCCAAGACUCAGGUUAGCAAAUACCAGAACCAUGACGCCCAGCACGCUCCAGGACCGCCGAAGCUGCCUCUUCUCAAUCGUGUGAGCAAUGUCACAAACACCACGGAUUGUAUUGAGAAAGGUCUUGUUGUCUAUCAUUCCCCCAGCGAUGCCAGCGACAGACCUCCCGGAUUAUCGAGCCCAGAUGACACCACCACGGUUCCCGUCGAGCAGCCCAAGCCGCUCCCAAAGCGUCCGCCUUCACCACUUUCCUCGACUUCGUCCACGGCAGAUAAAACGUCCAAUUCUGUUGACUCUAGCACUACUUAUGUGACAGUUGCUGUUGAACCUCGCUCGACAUCGCAGCCAGCGAGAUCAAGCCCUACUUCUGAUAUAUCCAAAGACAUCUCUACUAACAAUACAAACCCUGGUAACACACAAGUCCAAUCGGGUAUCAACAGUACAGAGCAAGCAGCUACUGCGAUAAUGCUUUGUCAAAGUAUAAGUGCCGAACUCCUUGGAGAAGAGGUAUCAGCUACUCCUCAGCCGCGUGCCGAAAAAGCUCCUCUUGCGGGCUCUCCGAAUAUCAAAAACCCUUCCUUAGUUAAGCUCGCAGGGACACCGAAUGCUCAGAUAAAUGAACGACAGCAAGCUAAGGAGAUCGUGAAUCCAGGUCGUCACUCAACUUCGCCAGUAGACACAAACAGUACUCCCAAACCCGCUCUCUGCAAUCCACCCGAGAUAGAAGUUGCGACUGACAAUCACAUCAGCCGGCCUGAGACCGACACUGGAUCAAGUCUGCAAGAGAUUCAGGACAUAGUUAUGAGCAAUCAAUCAACUGAACUCAAAGCAAGUCCAAAGACGGGCACGACCCAAUUAAUCUCAGUACCCGGGCAGAAACCUGCAAGGACAGACGAUUCUAUUACCAAUAAAUCUCCCCCCACUAAGGGAAAAACUCAGCCAAUAGUCAUAUUCCUCCGGCCGGGAAAGAUUGCAGUGGAGGCUCGAAAGUUGAAUAGAGUUCUUCAACCAGAGAAUGCCGUCGAGAAAUCAGACCCGAGGAACCAGAUCGUGGAACAAUCAGGCUCUCAGCGAUCUCGUCAGCGAGGGUCGCUUGGCUUGGAGUAUUUGAACUCCCCGUCGCCGAAACAGUACCGGCAUCAGAAGGCACAAAGCUUCCAGCCUUUCCCAUCUGAGGACAGCUUGUCUGCAUGUCAAAAAGCUCCUAGCGUCGUAUCACAGUUUUCCAGCUUUCCUUCAACAAGCGGUGUUUCUUCGAUUGUACCAGCCUCCUCUAAUUCAGCUCAGAAUAUGAACCCAAGCUUAGAUGAAGAACUAUCACCGUCUUCUCCACGCCACAUCCGUCGACAUUCCCUUCCCAAAAUCCCACGCAACACUCCCGAAAGAGAUACAGACCCCGCAAACGUACUUACAGAUACCGCAGACAUUGAAUAUCAAUCAGACAAUCCUGAUCUGCAGGACUGCCCUACCGCUCCUGCGAAACCACAAACCAGGUCAGGCAAAUCUGACGACCUUAAAUUACAAGUGGCCAUUUCUCCUCAGAUCAAAGCCAACUACGCCGAGGUUUUGCAAAUAUCCAAGCAAGGCUCCAUUUCACAUUCUUCGUUUGCGGCGGAAAUUGCCAAAUUCACACCAAAAAUAAAGCCAAGAACCCUCCAUCCGAGAAGUUCGCCUGAAGAGGGCGAAAUCAUAGAGUCCGAGGAGUCAUUUCCGCCCUAUGGUUACCCGCAUACCAAUAAACUAAAAGGUCCUCAUCCUUCCCUUGCACGGACUCCGGUUCAACCUAUCCGUGGCAGCUGCUGGUACGAUGAGCCAGUGCUAAGGAAGCGUAAGCGAAGGUCUUCUGAUGAUUCCCUCUGGUCCCCACCUACAUUUUCAUCGCCAAUGGUGAAAGACACUGAAGCUAUAUGCUAUUGUACCCCAGGAGUUCCAUCUUCACCACUUCUGCCAAAAAUGAAGUCGCAUCGCAAGCGAAAGUUUUCGCCGACUGUUUCAUCUGACUUUCACUCCGAUGUCGAUAUGGAAGAUAUAAUGGUGGUCGAUUGCCCACCAUUGCUUAGGAUGGGUAUCUCAUCAAAGAAAUUAGAAGGAGAAAAUUCUGCCUCUCGUCCCCAAAAGAGGCUACUUGCUCGUGCUUCUAAUGUCAGCCAUAGUCCAAUCACCAGUCAAGCUAGCGGUAGAUCGUGAUACAGACCAGGGACAGAUAUCCUAAACAGCGCUUUCUAUUUUCCAGUCACUAUUGACUUCGAAUUUUUGAUGGAGCUCUGUGAUAGAAACACGGCAUUGCAUCAUGCAAAAUCUCAUUUUGUUAAGGUUUAGACGUGUUGGGUUCUUUCUUUCGAUGCAUUUCUUAGGAAAGGGGAGUAUCAUUGGAGGUUGUGUUGAGUUUCUUGUAGUUCUCGGUAGCUGAUUUUCCGGUCUUGGGUUUGUUCCGCUCGUGAUUGAUGAUUGAUGAUUCAGGAUGUUGCUUCCAAGAACCAUAAACUGGUGAGAUGGAGUUUUCUUGACUCCAUGGGCAUUGCGGUUGGGUACUUGAUGAUGAGUUGUAGUUUAGGAUAAUGU